GCGAGCGGCCAGGAGCGGCCCGGCCCGGCCCGGCGCGGCGGCGGCGGCGGCGGCGGCGGCGACGCCAGAGCCCGAGGGCGCCGUUCGCGAGGCCGCCGCGGGAGCCUGGCCGCAGCGCGGGGAGGCCUGGGGCCUGGAGGCCGCCGCUGCCGCCAUGCCGCUGCUCUUCCUGGAGCGAUUCCCCUGGCCCAGCCUCCGCACCUACACGGGCCUCAGCGGCCUGGCUCUGCUCGGCACCAUCGUCAGCGCCUACCGCGCCCUCAGCCAGCCCGAGGCCGGGCCCGGGGAGCCGGAGCCGCCAACGGCCCCGGUGCAGACGGAGCCGGACGUGCCCUCCCGGCCUAGCGCUGGCGGCCCCCGGGCCCGCGACGUGGCCCAGUACCUGCUCUCGGACAGUCUGUUCGUGUGGGUUCUAGUAAAUACCGCAUGCUGUGUUUUGAUGUUGGUGGCUAAGCUAAUCCAGUGUAUCGUGUUUGGCCCUCUUCGAGUGAGUGAGAGGCAGCACCUCAAAGACAAGUUCUGGAAUUUUAUUUUCUACAAGUUCAUUUUCAUUUUUGGUGUGCUGAAUGUGCAGACGGUGGAAGAGGUGGUCAUGUGGUGCCUCUGGUUUGCUGGACUUGUAUUUCUACAUCUGAUGGUUCAGCUCUGCAAGGACCGAUUCGAAUAUCUUUCAUUUUCUCCCACCACACCCAUGAGUAGCCACGGGCGAGUUCUGUCUCUGUUGAUCGCAAUGCUGCUUUCUUGCUGUGGAUUAGCAGUCGUCUGUUGUGUCACAGGCUACACCCAUGGGAUGCACACACUGGCUUUCAUGGCAGCGGAGUCUCUUCUCGUGACAGUGAGGACUGCUCAUGUGAUUUUACGCUAUGUAAUUCACCUCUGGGACCUCAACCAUGAAGGGACGUGGGAAGGAAAAGGAACCUAUGUCUAUUACACAGAUUUUGUCAUGGAGCUCACUCUCUUGUCCCUGGACCUCAUGCACCAUAUUCACAUGUUGUUAUUUGGCAACAUCUGGUUAUCCAUGGCCAGCCUGGUCAUCUUCAUGCAGCUGCGUUACCUGUUCCACGAAGUGCAGCGUCGAAUCCGCCGGCACAAGAACUACUUGCGUGUGGUUGGCAACAUGGAGGCCAGGUUUGCAGUUGCAACUCCCGAGGAGCUGGCUGUCAACAAUGACGACUGUGCCAUCUGCUGGGACUCCAUGCAGGCCGCGAGGAAACUGCCCUGUGGACAUCUUUUCCACAACUCCUGCCUUCGUUCCUGGCUAGAACAAGACACCUCCUGCCCAACAUGCAGAAUGUCUCUCAACAUUGCCGACAAUAACCGGGUCCGGGAGGACCAGCAAGGAGACAACUUGGAUGAGAAUUUGGUGCCUGUGGCAGCCGCUGAAGGCCGACCUCGCCUAAACCAACACAAUCACUUCUUCCACUUUGAUGGGUCCCGGAUUGCCAGUUGGCUGCCGAGUUUUUCCGUCGAGGUGAUGCACACCACCAACAUUCUAGGCAUUACGCAGGCCAGCAACUCACAGCUGAACGCAAUGGCUCAUCAGAUUCAAGAAAUGUUUCCCCAGGUUCCAUACCACCUCGUGCUGCAGGACCUCCAGCUGACCCGCUCGGUGGAAAUAACCACAGACAACAUUUUAGAAGGACGGAUUCAAGUCCCUUUUCCCACACAGCGCUCAGAUGGCAUCAGGCCGGCAUUGAACAGUCCUGUGGAUAGACCAAACGGAGACCAGGAGGAGGGAGAAGCUUCUCUGCAGACUGAGCGUGUGCCGCUAGACCUCGGUCCUCGGCUGGAGGAGGCCUUGGAUUUCAGCGAGGUGGAGGUGGAGCCCAGUGAGGGGGAAGACUUUGAGGCCCGGGGGAGCCGCUUCUCCAAGUCUGCGGAUGAGAGGCAGCGCAUGCUGGUCCAGCGGAAGGAUGACCUCCUGCAGCAGGCUCGCAAGCGUUUCCUGAACAGAAGUUCUGAAGUCGACUCAGCCUCCGAGAGCUGCCUGUCGUCAGAAGGCACGACCUCCGACCCUGUGACCCUGCGUCGGAGGAUGCUGGCUGCGGCCGCCGAACGGAGGCUCCAGAAGCAGCAGAUCUCCUAGCACUUGGCUGCCACCCCCACCCCCGUCGCCUCCAGCAGCGCCGCCGCCCGGGCCUGGCCCCGGUUCUGCCCGCUGUCCGAGGAGGGGCUCGGCCCCGCUGCCGCUGUAUAAAGCAUGUGGUCUUAAUAGUGUUUGGACAGCUGA